AUGGCUGACUACUGGAAGAGCAAUCCAAAAAAGUUCUGCGAAAUUUGCAAAUGUUGGCUUGCCGACAACAAAAUCGUACGUUGGGCUAAUUAUCUGACCAGAUUUUGCUUGCAGAGCAUCACCAACCAUGAAACUGGGAUGCGGCACAAGGCAAAUGUGCAGAAGAAAUUGAAUGAUUUGCGAAAAAAUUGCAAAGAAUCCACCGAGGGAAAGAUGCGAGAGAAAAUCUCAUUAAUCAAUGAUGUAUAUUGGUUUUGUUUAUGGUCAUUUUUAGAUGGCUUUCGUUGGGAUGAUGAAGGACAUCGAGCGAGACCCUAGUCUUGCGAAGCGUUAUGGCGUGUCCCUGACCGGUAGAUCUCCUUCUCAUGAUCUUAUUUUUAGACGAAAAGUUUGCUAACAUGAAAAAGAAAAUUGAUGAGCUCGAGAAGUCUGGCGUCAGUAGCAAACCUAAGGCGCCACCUGCACCAACUACGUCCCGCCCACCGACUCAAACGGUGUAUGAAUGGAAGGAGGUUAAGACUGCUGAUGGGUCGAUUUAUUACUGGAAUAAGAAGACUGGUGUCACCCAGUGGGAGAGACCACAGACCUCGAUUGAGCCAGUUGAUGACUCCGCCUCAGUUCAAAGGGAAAAACAACGUCUUGAUCAGUUUCUGUUUAAUAGGCUUAUCGAACUGAGCGAGUCUGGACAUUCUGGGGCCAACGAAGCAGUUUGUCAAGCCUUUGAUGCGCCCCUACCCUCGUCCACAAGUGAGGACGUGAAGGACGCUGAUAGUGACGAUAACGCGGAAAGUCCAGUCGAACCGGCCGCGCCACCUUCACCUAAGAAGUCGAAAAUCAGAGUGAAUCUCUUAGGGGAAUGGCAACCUGUACUACCAGAGUAAGUGAUUCCUUCCUUUUCGCUUACUCUAGGGAAUGCCGUUUUUUUACAAGCAUCACUUUUCACCUAUUCCGAAGUCCGAUAUUUAUAGUCUUUUUAGAAGCUAGGGAUUUGACAGAACCCCACGUCUUUUACAUAUUCUGCAGGAAGUCAUAUUGUCUAGCUUUUUAGUUUUGAUAUUUUGAGUCAGUUAAUAUUUUUGAGCCUCAAAUAUGGUGUUUUCCACUCUCAAAGUCCUUUUUAAGUAUGGCGCCUGCAAUCAGGCGGUUAUAACUCAGGUAUGUGCACUCUAGUGCACAUCCGCCGGACAAAAACGUUAUCCACUCGAUAUAUGCAUAUCAAAAAUACGCUAUCUACUCGCUGUCGAGGCGAUAUGCGCUUGCUACUAGGGUAUGUUAAGAUCUCAGCACAAAAGCAGACCUGUUCGAGCUGCUCCUCUGACAUAACUACCAGAGCACAAGGCUCGUGUAAGUUUCCUGUCCAGUUGCCUCCAGUUGGGGUUACGCGACACUUCCUUCUUCAAGCAUCCAUCUCCUUAAAAAAAGGUCAGAACCGGAUUUCGUGAAUUUUUCACAGGCAGUAGGUUCAAGAGCAUGAAGAGUCGUGGGAAAAUCCGUCCUGCGGCGAUUCACCAGCACGAAGGGUUCCAGAUAGGAAUGUCAGGCUCAAGUCAAGCUGCGUUUGCACAGGCUAUAUCUUCAUCCUCUGUCUAAUGAUUGAACGUCUACUCUCUUACCGACAACCAACAGAGACUGUUUCCUUAUUUUUAAGAGCUUUCAAUUCAGUUGCCUGAAAUUACUUUUCGGGGUACCCUAUUAUUCGGCAAGUGCCCGCGAGCUUCACAGUCUUGUUAAGACCAUAUACAAGCAGAGUUUCAAUGUACAUUCUGUUCGUUUUGUUAAUAACACUUCCAAAUCUACGCUCAUAAACGCACCAGAAGUAUGUGGCUAAUUUCUCGAUGGCGAAACUGCUUUCCUUGGCCUCAUUCCCAUGAUACCUUACCCGAACGUCCACAUUAAUACUUUUACCACUAGGCGGAAUGCACGUCACUCUGUAUGGGCGGAAAAAUCAUUUCACGGGCAUCGGACGGAGAACCGCCACAAAUGAAUACUAUUGACAGCGUUUUAAGGAUGAUCCACAGACUUUUCGUUGACGACUUAAUGGAUGUAGCAGCGGAUGGGGACGUAGAAGUAAGGCUUUGUUGUCUCUUUCAGACACACUCUUUAUCAUCUGCCUAUACUCCCAUGAGUAGAAAAUUAUCGAGUUAGCAUCGCGGGUAGACCAUUGAUCACUGAUUGGUACGGUUCUGAUCAUGCCUGAUUUAGCUGACCUGACUAUCGGCAGCGACGAAUCUAAAAAGCUCAGCCUACUUCCUUCCUCGGCGAUGGACAGCGAAUAUCGAAAACCCAGGAACAAUCCCCAUUUAUUUAUAGAUUGUGUCUAGACAGGUUUUAAGUUGACCUCUUCGACGCCUCCAGAUGUAUAAUUGCGCCGGAUGGAGGGCAGCAACACUGAAUCCUCGGUCAUCUUUCUUGAAUGGUCUGAGAUACGCCCGCGAUGUUGUCGCUGAGAAUGCGAACUGUUUCCUUCGCGAUAAAGUCAGUGCACUUCACUCGUAGGAUUGUUCUCAGCUCACGAUCGUCAAACACCUCUCGUUUUUGCUCAUCUUCUAUGCGCGCUGCCCAGCCCUCACAGUCGUAUAGGAGGACAAACCGUAAAAAGGCCCAGCACACGCCAAUCUUUGUGGCGAUGAAGAUAUCACGUCGGGUUUAUAAACACAUAAGAAUUGCGGCAACCCUUCAAGCAGCGUCAAUUGAGGAGAUGAUGUCACCCUUGCCCUGUCUAUUUGAUGGUAACUUCGCUCUUGGGUGUUCGAGACUAUCCACUUCUUCAAGCUGAUAGCCAUUUAUCUCAACGUGUUUCCUUUUGGUAAGAAUCGCAACUUAAAGACGCUUGGAUCUCUGCUGACAACUCGGCCAAAGUCGAGCGCUGGCGUGAGCACUUGGAGCACCAUCUCAACUUCAAUACCCAACCUACCUCGCCCAUGUUCUCCUCUUCAGCGGAGUUUCUUCCCUCUCCUACCUACGCAGUGUUAUGCGACCCCCCUCUGAAGGAGAAGUCGCCGAUGCCAUACGAAAGAUGCGCAACAAUAAGACACCCGGAAAGGACGGUAUACCCGCUGAAAUCUUCAAGUCUUGUGUCGACACUCUGGCGCCCUGGCUCCAUGAGGUGAUUGAACGAACGUGGAGAGACGAGGUUGUUUCUGAUGACUGGGGCCUAGGCAUACUUGUUUCUAUCCUCAAGAGGGGAGAUAAGACGAGAUGCGAGAACGACCGCGACAUGAGUCUCAUCGACGUUGCUGCGAAGAUCUUCGCUAUUGUCCUACCCAGACGAUUCCAGGCUGUGCGUGACUCAAGGACGAGGCCAAACCAAGCUGGAUUUCGUGCUGGACGUGGAUGCGCAGACCAGAUAUUCACACUGAGGCGCAUUCUCGAAUUUCGCCAUAGCUAUCAACAACCGACGGCCGUCUGCUUCAUUGACUUUGCCGCGGCGUUCGAUUCCGUUCAUCGUGAGUCCCUGUGGCGGAUAAUGGCGCUAGAUGGUGUACCGGCAAAAAUCAUCGCCAUGAGCAAGGCCUAUUAUCGCUCCACUAUUGCGAGAGUCCUGGUCCGCAACAAUCUUUCCCAACCGUUCGGUAUUCGAUCUGGCGCUCGACAGGGUUGCAUCCUGUCACCCAUUCUGUUCACCUAUGCCAUUGAUUGGAUCCUCGGCAGGGCCCAACGUGAGAGUGACGGCGUUGGGUUUGCACCCGGACAUCGACCGACUGAUCUUGACUAUGCCGAUAAUAUCGCCUUACUUGCUUCAAGUUUUGGUGAUGUACAGUCUAUGGUGUCACGGGUGAACGAGGUUGCCAAAUCGGUCGGUUUGUCCAUAACCGCUGGGAAGACCAAAGUGUUUUCAAGCUGCAUCCCUGACACAGUUCGUCAGGACAUGGAGGUGGUUCUCGAACCUUUGGUAUUCGGUCUACGUCGUUGGCGAAGGGAAUGGGCUGAGCUGUCCAGAUCUGCUGCCGCGGAUCGUCACGCGUGGAGAGGUACAGUUCGGGACAUCAUCGAGGCCGGCUAGAUCAGGCAUGAUCGCGGCCGUAUCAAGUGCAAGUAAGUUGGGUCUCUGGCGUUCGUAGAUGAAUUGCCCCAUUUGGCCACCUCAUCCACCCACAACACCGCCUUCUGUAGAUUAGUGCUUGGGUCUACUAGGGCGGUGUCUUCAGCGUAGUCGAGGUUACUCAGCCUACGCCCGGAUACAAAUUCAACGCGGUCCAAACGGCUUACUUUCUGUGAAUCCAGUCAGUGACGUAAGUGAACAGAGUGGGCGACCGAAUGUAACCGGACCGGAUAUCGCGCGGUUGGAAAGAUUGGUGUGGACAAGAAUUUUCGCAGUAAUGGAACGAUUGGAGACCACUUUCAUGAAGACAAUUCUUGCUGGCCUGCCUUCUAAUCCCAUCGUUCUCUACGGCGACCUGACUUGAACAGACAGACGAUUCAAAGAGACUGGCGGCUGCCGAUUAUUGUUAACAAUAUCGUAAUCCAAAGUAACGUCGCAGUCUGAGUGCCUUAUUGGUACAUCCAGGUCAAGCUCGUUCGUAAGUCAUACACACUAAAAUCACCUAAGAAUGACAACGAAAACCUCCGCAGUAACGUCGAUGAGGCUUACGCCGCGGUAGUUUUUGCACUUUGUCUUAUUCCCCUUCUUGAAGACAGGCAAGAAGAUGGCCUAGUCCCAGUUAUCAGGCUGGAAGUCAUCUCACCACACUUGUUUAAUUACCUCGUGGAGCCGGGGUGUCAAUGUCGACGCAGGACUUGUAGAAUUAGAUGGAAAUGCUAUCCCGUUGGGGCGCCUUGUUGUUGUAGUGUGAAUUUUAUCCAUCAAUUAUCGAUGCCCUUAAAAAUCCAAAUGCAUUUUAUGGGACGCACGCUAAAAACGUUCUUUUUGGUAUUCCGUUUAUAGCAAGUGACACAUUCUGUAAACGUUAUAUUUGAGAACGAGAGUAUUUUUUAGUUUUUAAAAAGGUUCUCUCCAACAAUUUGAAACCCCAACUAGCGUUACGCUCACGUUUCGUUGUUGCAAACCACACGAUGUGUACUGUUCAUUUAAGUAAAAGGAUUUAGGCAAGGACGCAGUAUGCGACCCCACUCAGGAAACGAGAACCAAGUCAUCGUGGAAUAUUGCGUCCGCGCUUUUUUUAUAAUUGACGCCUCUACGCUCUCAUAACUAGAUGGGACGCAGUCUGCUUUUGUGAAAGCAGACUGGAAGAGCUGUGAAAAAUGCUCAACUCUUGCCUGCGCUGUCAGUUAUCUCGAUACCCCCAUCAUUCCUCGGGGGUCGAGUUCCUGGUACGUGCUCUCAGUUGUAAGCAGCUGUAGGGAAAUCUAGCGCGAUAUCGCAAUAUGCCACCUCAACGCUCGUCCGAAUGUUUACCUGCUAUCGCGCUCUCCUUUCCGCCGUUUAACCCCACCCACAAAACUCGUAUUACACGAUUACCUGGUUUUUGUUCCCUGAGUGGGGUCGCAUACUGCGUCCUUGCCAGGAUUUAUUCGUAUGCACCGUUAAGGUGAUAUCUAACGCAUCAAAAAUUGUAGUAUAUAUGUAAAAGGAUAAAUAAUAAACGUCUAGGUACUAUGUUGCUUAAAUAAACAUUUCUUGGUCCUAAAAAUCGCCUAAUUACAAGCUGUUCUAAAACCAGAGCACAUCUUUUUAAGUAUAAAAAUAUAAAGGUGCAAUUUUCUACGAAAUAAAUACGCCUCCCAUGAAAUGUAUUUGGAUUUAUAGGACACCGAAGAUCAGCGAACAAAACCCCUACUACACAAGUAGUCACUUCUAGCAAUUGGGAUUUCCACAGGUGAUUUAAAGACGCACUCCAAAGUCCACGCUAAUUAAUCUUCCAACGGAACCUAAGUAAUCCUUUCUAAUUGAAAUCAUAUUUCAGAAUUUCAGCUAGUUUUUGAUAAGUUAGGUCACCCACAUAAUCCACGCCAUUCACAUCGCAAACACUCAGUGCAGAGGGCCUACCAAUAACCUGAUGAAUAAUUUGAUUGUCGCCGACGUUUGGAGCAGGUUAAGCUGGACAUUUCGGUGUCGUACUUUUCGUGGUCAUCACUCUCCGGCGGAAAAAGUGACACCCGGCCCAAGCCGUCCUUGACAGACAACUGUAAGGUCCUUGGGCUGAUUCAGUCGCUAUGGUGUCGCCGGUUGCCUGACAUACUGACUACUUAGAUAAAAGGAAGAUAUGCUACUGCCCUCUCGGGUCGUAAAGCGAGACCGGAUUUGUGUGCUAAGAGCCUUGGCUGCGCUGGAUUGUCGUAGUUUUGCCCAAUCAGGUCGUCAUGCACGUGACCAUUUGCGUUUCGGAUGCGAAUUUCCAGACGUGUACGAACAGGAACAUGGUCUGGACACAAGGGGCGCUGCCAGUCUCGGCAUCACUGCCAUAAUAAACUUAGUCAGUUGUCGUAAUUUCAUCAUAGUGCGAGGAUUACCGGGCAAUUUGGCUCACUGUACCUGUCAAUCGGAAGUUGUCGAAGGAGACUGGCCCAAGGUGUUCAGUACAUACGACUUCCUGGUCCCAUACUGGAUCUUUAUGCAGUUGAGAAUUACCAACAAUGUUCGCAGAUACGGGUUCGGUCCUCAGUAGUAAACACUAGCCACACUUCCACGCUCCGCUCCACGUAGAACCGGGCUGGCUGGCACAAAUGACUCCAGCUCGGUUCACUUGCUCAAUUUUCCACUUAUAUAAGGAGCGGAGUACACCAAGGUACCUCGUAUUCUCUUCUUGCUAGAUUACUACGUAUGCUGACACAUUCUAAGCUCGCCACUCAACUGAGACAAACUCUCACGGAUGCCACGUAACUGACCCGUAGUUGCGCCUUUUAGACCACCAAAACCGGCCCUCAAACUCGACCUGCCCUCGGAGACGAAUGUAAGAAAGUCUAAAUUUGAGAGGAUUAAACUCUGCCUACCCUCGGUCGCCAAAGGCAAGUCCGCAAACGCGCAAGACGUCUUCGCGGAGAAGGCUGAACUGGUGGCCCGCCUCGCGGAGGUCAAUGAAACCAACAUUGCCGACGCCAAGCAUCCUGCGUUCGAGGAGAAACAGUUGGCGGUCUCUGCCAGUGCACAACGCGCCGCCAAUCUACAACAGCUCAAGUCAUGUCUCGAAUCGGCGGGACAGUCUGCAGCGACCAAACCGGAGCCAGAUGCCGAAUCCUCGCCUGCGGCGCCAACUCUGCCCACAUUUAAGCGAAAGCUAAAGUCGGGCAGCCGACACACAAGGACCCGCGCAUACGACGACUGA